UCGAUAUGAAUCAAAUUACUUCUGGUGCACAGAAGUUCCUGCUGCUCACGCUUAUGAUGUGAAGUCCUUGGAGGGUUUACUCUCAAAAUGCAAUAACUAUUUUCAAAUUAAUUUAUUAUACACACUGUUUAGUGUUAACGGAAACUCUCUGAUCAUCUGACGGCGGCGGAAGUUUGUCCGGUUUCCUGAGAGCCGGAAUGUCUUCGUUAUGGAGCCUGAGGCCAGUGCUGACAUCACUGUUGCAAGCAUCCCAGCAUGCCUCUGCCUGGACGGGUCCCAUUCUCUCUAGGACGAUGGCCACUCUCAACCAGAUGCACCGCCAGGGGAAACCCAAACAACCCCCUAAGUCUAUCAGCGCCACGUUUGGCCAUCCCCAGCUGAAGGCGGUGGUCCUGAAAACCAUGAACCGAAAGCCCAAGAAGCCCAACUCCGCCAACAGGAAGUGCGCUCGAGUGCGGCUGUCCAACGGGAAGGAAGUGGUGGCGUUCAUCCCCGGGGAGGGACACAACGUGCAGGAGCACAACGUGGUGCUGGUGGAGGGCGGGAAGAAGCAGGAUCUGCCCGGAGUCAAACUCCGAGUGAUCCGAGGGAAAUUUGACUGUGCUCACGUGGUGAAGAAGAAACAGUAGACUGAGAGAGGGAACGCUGCUGUGAUGUGUGUGUGUGUGUGUGUCGGAUGUUUAAUAAAUACAUGUGUUCGUCAUCA